GAUUAUUCGCCAUACAGUAGAAUACGCGUGGAGGAAGCAUGGGCAGUCACAACAACCAGACUGAACGGAUAUCUCACAAGGAAAGAUAUUAGCUGAGUUUUGUUUUGUGAUCUGUUUUUGAUAUCAUGCAUAAUAUGUACACAGUGACCCAGGCUAUGACGACCGGCUUCAAUAGCACCGACCCCCCGCCGUGCAAGGCGCCGUACUCCCAGGACCGCAUCCCCCUGGUGGCGCUCUACAGUGCGGUCCUGGUGGUGGGCCUGCCGGCCAACUUGGCCACCGUGUACCUCACCUUCCUGCAGGUGCGGCGCAAGAACGUGCUGGGCAUCUACCUGCUGUGCCUGUCGCUGUGCGACCUCACCUACCUGCUGACGCUGCCGCUGUGGACCGUGUACGUCAACAGCGGGCACCAGUGGCCCUUCAGCUCGCUGGCGUGCAAGGUGACCGGCUACGUGUUCUUCAACAACAUGUACAUCAGCAUCUUCCUGCUGUGCUGCAUCUCGGUGGACCGCUACGUGGCCGUGGUCUACGCCGUGGAGUCGCGGGGCCUGCGGGGCCAGCGGCUGGCGGCGGCCGUGUGCCUGGCGGUGUGGCUGGUGGUGGCGCUGGGCCACGUGCCCGUCUUCACCAUGCCCGAGGGCAACGCCGACAGCGGCGAGCGCCACUGCUUCGAGCCGGGCCAGAGCAACCCCGUGGUCACGGGCUUCAACUUCGCCCGCUUCGCCGUGGGCUUCGCCGCGCCGCUCGCCGCGCUCGUCUUCACCAACCGCGCCAUCCUGGCCAACGUGCAGGCCAGCACGGGCCUGGACCCGUGCCAGAAGCGCAAGGUGCGCUACCUGGCCGUGGCCGUGGUGCUGCUCUUCCUGGUCUGCUUCGGGCCGUACCACAUCAUCCUGCUGAUGCGCGCCAUCACCUUCCACUUCCCGCGGCAGGAGUUGUGCCACUUCGAGAACCGCGUCUACACGCCCUACACCAUCUCGCUGGGCCUGUCCACCGUCAACAGCGCCGUCAACCCCAUCCUCUACGUGCUGUCCAGCGACAACAUCCGCCGCGAGAUCGGCCGCGGCCUGGCCCGCCUGCGUGACCGCACCGUCUUCCGACACUGCUCCAGCGAGAGCGCCCAGCACAAGAUGGGGAACGACUCCACGGACGCGGUCAUCAUCGCCGCCAGCAAGCCCUGCACUCCACCGCUCGGCCUCAGCCCGGAGCGGACGUUCAGCCCGCCGGCCCUGAUGGGAGAUCAGAAGAUGUGCCGACAGAUUUAACAGCCUUGCUGGAUCACGGUGCUGGAGCUAUGAAAAAGACCCUUACUGUCUGACUGUUGUGGAAAAGACUCACUUCAUGACAGGCUGUUCAGGCUUGAAUGACCAAAAUCAGGGUGACGGAACUCUUGACGAUGGCUCUGCUGUUUCAAAUACACGGUCAGGGGCUGUUUUUCAUUGCCUCAAGCCAAAAUGCAUCUUUUCUAUGUUUGGACAUGUUUUUUUUCACCUCUCAUCUAGGCAAGGUCCAGUUCACAGUAAUUGUGUUGAG